CCCACCAUGAGCGUCAGGGUCGUCGCGCGCAUCCGACCCUUGCUCAAGCAGGAGCUGGAAAAGGACACCAUCGUCGAGGCCGCGACAACAGUCUCGGAGCCACAGGCCACUCCCUCGAUCGUGCGCAUCCCGAACCCCAAGAACGAGGCCGAGGCUUUCAGCUUCCAGUUCAACAGCGUCUACGACCAGCUGGCCACACAACAACAAGUCUUUGACAAUGAGAUUGCUCCCACCGUCAAACACCUCUUCAAAGGCUUCGACGUCACCAUCUUUGCAUAUGGAGUCACAGGAACAGGAAAGACCCACACCAUGCGCGGUGGUAAAUUACUGGCCGAAAGAGGUGUCAUCCCGCGCUUGCUCAGCAGCAUCUAUCGCAGAAGUCGCAAGAUUGAAAAGGACUCUGAAGGCGACACCAACAUCGACGUCGCCAUGAGCUACUACGAAAUCUACAACGACCGCGUCUUUGAUCUGUUCGAAGCUCCUGAGAAGCGCACCGCUGCUGGCCUGCCCAUCCGCGACAACAAUGGCAAGACGGUAGUCGUUGGCUUGACCGAAAGACCUUGCACUUCCUUGAAAGACUUUGAGUCUCUCUACGACCAGGCCAACGUCAACCGCUCUACCUCUGCCACAAAGCUAAACGCACACUCCUCGCGCUCUCACGCAGUUCUCUGCGUCAAGGUAACUCAAGUGACUGGUAACGAAGUCCGCGUAAGCACUGCAAGCGCCAUCGAUCUGGCUGGCUCCGAGGACAACCGCCGCACCGACAACGGUAAGGAGAGAAUGGUCGAAUCUGCAAGCAUCAACAAGUCUCUGUUCGUUCUCGCCCAAUGUGUCGAAGCUAUUAGCAAGAAGCAAAGUCGCAUCCCGUACCGCGAAUCCAAGAUGACGCGAAUCCUCUCUCUUGGUCAGAACAAUGGCCUGACAGUCAUGAUUCUGAACUUGGCUCCUGUCAGAAGUUAUCAUCUCGAUACUCUUAGCUCUCUGAACUUUGCCAACCGCACAAAGAAGAUCGAAGUCAACGAGGUCGAAAACAGACCUUUCUUCCGCACCGCACCAAAGCCCGAACCUAAGUCUGGCAUACCCUCAAUUCCUCUGGCUAACCGUCAACCUUUGCGACCCAAAGCAUUGUCACAUAACGUUGUUCCUAGCAAGGAGCAAGCUGAAAAGGACAAGAUCGAGAAGCCGGUAAAGGCAUUCUCUGUUUAUUCUGAUAAGCCCAAGACAUCAACAAUAGCACGACCUGGUCACCUCUCCGGACAAGGCCACCCUCGUAUCGCUGAGGCACAAAAGCGCACUAGCAGUGAAGCCGUACCUACCAUCAACCGACCAUCCAAGGUGCUAAAAUCUACCGUAGCAGCCAGACCAGAGGCCAUGUCUCAGAAGUCAAUCGAAGAGCUUAUCGAAAGGAAAGUGGCCGAAAAGCUAGCCGAGCAGGCUCUCAGCACAAAGCUACCAGCAGGCACCGAGAUUUCUCCCGACGUACAAGCACGAUUAAUCGCUUUGGAGCGCAGAGUCAUCGACCAAGAAUCAGCACGCGCAGAGGGUCUGCAAUAUCUGCUCAUGGCCAAACAGCACACCGUCCGCGGCGAAGAAGUCAGCGCCCUCAAAAUGUACCAACUCGCACUCCCCUACUUCCCCGACAACCAAAAGCUAGCGCAGAAAAUGCUCAAGCUGCAAGAAAAGAUCAACCGCAAAGAAGAAGAGCGAAGACCCAAAUCCAGCGGCGGCGUGCCCCUGAUGACCGAAGACGGCGACGACGAUUAUCAACCCGAAGCCCACGACCAAGACGACGAAUCAGUCUUUGACAACCGCACCACAAAGUCACGUAGCAGCCGACCACCAAUCCGCCGCAACCUCAGCGUUUUCCGCGACGAAGCAGCCUCAGCACCUCAACCCUCAUGCCGAACCACAGACUCGGACUCAGAAGACGAGUUGGCACACUCACUCAUCAACACCGGUCCCGACCAAACACCCCGCUCCAAGCACAUUCUGCGCAUCAUCAACAGCCGCGACGUCGCGCAGAUCCGUCUGCUCAAAGGCGUAGGCGCCAAAAAGGCAGAAAUGAUUGUCAAUGCGCUGUGUGAAAUGGACGACGAAGUUAGACAUGUAGGCGAACUGGGCAGAUUGAAGGGCGUGGGCAUCAAAGGUGUUGAACGCAUGCGUGAGGGUUUGGCUGGUGUUAUGGCUUGA